GAAAUUUAUCACGGCUCGUCCUUUUUUUCUUAUCGAACCGAGGCUGUGUUCGAAGGAAGCAUGGGAAAUGCGUGCGUUACGUAUUGCAUCAGACGGAUAUCACGAGAGGAGGCAGUCGAAACAAUUCCCAAGGCAAUGCGGAGAGCAACAUAUGUAGCGUUGUCAUUCGUGAGAGGACGAGUCCAUUCGAGAAGCAGAGACGCGAGUAUAGUGAUAAUUUUUUUGAAAUCAGUGGAAAUUAUAUGUGUCAGUUUAAAAUACGUAAAGAGAACGAUUUCGAACGACGAUUGGAGUGCACGGCCGCCACCCACGCUGGUAAGAACACGAACAGAUGUUUUACGACUUCUAUGAUCCUCUUAUAUGAUGAUGAUCUUUAUACUGACUUCUUAAAGCCAUAGCAGCAUCAAUGGUCAAUAAUCUUCGCAUCUAAUGGUGAGUUGCAUGCAUCUUUGCUACUUCAAUCAUUUAAUCAUGUCGUCGGACGAAAAGUCCAAAUCGACAUGAUUGAUAUAUGUAGAUUUUUACAUAUAUAGCAUAGUGACACAGAUAUUUAUUUUUGUUAUAA